GGGGACAGUACCGUAGCUCAACGGAUAUUGCAAUCGUAAAAUGACACGUUCGACUCAACCGCCAGAUUAAAACUAUAUUCUGAAAGUGAAACUGUGUUAAAAAUAAAACACCCAAUGUUAAUGGUUGCAAAAACUAACUGACAACUCCGAGAGCUCGAGGAAGUAGGGUUACACAGGUUGUUUACUGGUGUGUGCACCGAAUGCCUGAUACAUGUUACAUUUCUCGUGCAGGAUGGCGUACUUGUUGUCCACCAUGUUGGGAAUUCAUCUUGUAUGGACUUCAGUAUUCUUCAUAAGCAGCCUGCCAAUCGCAGAAACCGUGAGGCAGGGGUCAUCGGGUGAGCAAAGGUGUACAAACAAAUGUAAAAACCAGGAGAAAUUCUUAAAUUGUGUAAACUACGAUAUUUCGCAGAUUCCAUCAGCAACAGGCUGUCAAAAAGUGUUCUCCUUGAACUUGGUUGGCAACAGGAUCGAAUCUCUGGAGAAGGGUGCUUUUGCCAGUUUCAGUGGCUUGAAUCGUAAGCUUUCCCUCAAGAGGAACGGGCUCAGUCUGCUAGAUUCUUACGCCUUCGCAAACAUUAGUAAGCUAGAAACUUUAGAACUUGAUGAAAACAACAUUGCAAAUCUAUCCAACAACACAUUCGAAGGACUUUCUGGCUUGAAGCAUUUGAGUCUGAGCAGCAACCGAAUGGUGGUGAUUCAGCGGGGUUUUUUUGAAAGCCUCAUAAGUGUCGAAAUUUUACUACUCGGUAAUAAUACGAUUGAAAGUAUCCAAUCCAGUGCAUUCGAAGCCUUGAGGAAUCUCGAGAAACUUGAUUUAAGCAGGAAUCGUAUCGAGCGACUAUUAGAUGACACUUUCAGUGGUUUGAUCAAACUCAGAAAACUUAACAUGAGCCACAACUUUAUUUGGGACUUGGAGAUAAACGCUUUUAAAGAUCUGACCGGCCUAACUGAGUUGAAUUUAUCCUAUAAUAAAAUCGUGUCCUUGUCUGCCAUUCACGACCUUCGCUUGUCAGUCUUGGAUCUUUCUUCCAAUCGAAUCACAGGGAUAAAUGACUACUUGAAUGGGCAGCUUCAGUCACAAUUCGAAUUCGUGAUCAAUGUGUCCAAUAAUCCACUACACUGUGACUGCUCCAUCCAACCACUAUACUUGUGGUACAAGGAUCGGGCAAUUGUCGGUGGUGAGAUUGCCCGAUGCAGCACGCCGGCUUAUCUCAAUGCCACACCUCUGUCGGAGGCCAGCAGUCAGGAUAUAUGUCCUGGAUAUAUGCCUUCAACGUCCCAACCACCAACCACUACAUUUGUAGAGAUUUUACUAAACGAUGGCAUAGUUCGUCCGGAUGAGGAACCCAAGUUUAGUUACUCCACGCUACUCAUGGGCAUCUCACUGGGACUGUUGUGCUUGGUUCUGGUGCUAGUGAUGUCGAGUGCAGUGUACCGGACAUAUAAACGCAUUUCUCGAAGUACUCCCGGUCAAAUGGAACCCGUAGAACAAAUGAAUGUGAGAACUCCCUCGCCAUCCACAAGGCUACCACAAGAACAGGCAGUGCAACUGGCAGGAUCGGGGAGGAUAAUGUCCUCGAGACCACCUGCAAGGCUGCCCGAAGAACCAGCAAGAGCACAACCCUCGCGGCCUCCGAUCGCUUCAGGUCCCAGAGAGACCCCAUCAAGGCAUCGACAAUUCAGGCACCGACUAUCAUCCCUCUAUACAAGAGGUUACUUCACAAGAGUGAUCAAAAGCAAUAGUCCUGACAUUUGCAUAACAGCCCCAAGUUCACCCUCAGCUGAAGGUCAUUUCAGAUUUCAGGUUCCGAGAGUUCCUUCCCAUCUAACCCACACCGCCCGUCAAAACCACUUCAAUGACAGAAGCGGAUCCGCUGAUCACCUCAGUGGAUGCCAAAUGCGAUCGGCUGAUGGCAUGUUUCCAUCAAAUGUUUCGAUGUCCUGCACGUGUGCAUACCUCAGCAUCGACGGAGCUGACACCGUGACACAACCCUAUCAACAACCACAGGGAUUGCCGAGGAAGCCACGCGAUCAGUUGACCUUGCCGGCGGCGUCCUGGUGGCAAGGAUCGUGCCAGUACAACCCUUCUGUGAUACCUAAUUUAGCUCCGGACACACCCGAGUAUGGAUUGAAAAUGGGCAGGGACGGGAAGGUUCAAAUCCUUCCUUUGGAGGAGAUUCUCCGGGAAAGGAGACCCCAGACGCCUGUGGAUUGGGAUGAGACUCCCAUAGGUUGUUCACGCCCCCCGUCACCCUUCUAUUGUGCAGUAUAGUUAAUCCUAUACCAUUUGGUUGAUAUCUCAUGCUUCUGAUAUUCUUCAUUGUUUAUAUCGUUCCGGGUAUUCCUUGUUUACUUUUCAAUUGGUAUUGUUAAGCUUAUUAGUUUUGUAUUGUAUUGUGUAGUUACUGGAAUUAUUAUUAAUAUACAUUUAU